UGCUAUCAAUGCGGCGAGGAAAUCAAGUCAACAUCUACCCGAAACCAUGUCGGUGGUCAUAUCUUGAGAGAGAUGUGCCGCCGAUCAUCGCAACCCAUCGAGCCUGGGAUCGUGCUUCGCGACCCUUGCGGAUUCUGUGGUCGCGAGGGAACUUGCGAGACGACACUCGCGCCCUCAUCGCGCAACCCGAGCGGGACACGAACCGCCGCUGCUGGACCCUCCAAAACUCGAACGAAGACCUACUCAGUAUGUUCGACGUGCCCGCACGCCCACGAAUUCAAGUAUGGCAACGCACGAAAAUCGACAUCGAAUACGCCGUGCUCGAAUGUGCCGAUCGAAUGCACUUUGUGC